UCGAGGACCAGCUUAACUUCCUGUGUAAACAAAUACUUGUUAUUUUUUUUGGACAAGACAAGAUGAAAGCAGUUUUAUUAACUAUAAUUGCUGUAGUAUUGAGCUGUAACAGUUACAGAACAGAUGCUGACGAUGUCAAGAAAGUCCACAUCAUAUUUAUGAAUCAUUUAGAUGUAGGAUAUGAUGGGUUGCUGCCAGAAGAAUUGGGCUUUAUCAACAAUGUCCUCAAUAAAUAUUUUGUGGAGUAUUUCCCAAGAGCCAUCACAUUAUCAGAACAACUAAGGAUACUGGGUUAUUAUGAGAAGUUUAUAUACACAACCCAUCCCUGGCUCGUGUCGCUUUACUUGAACUGUCCACCUAAUCUGAUUUUAUCUGGUAUAAAGUUAAAGUGUCCAAAUGCAACUGAAAUAAGCACAUUUGUAAAUGCUGUGAAGCGAGGAGACAUCACAUGGCAUGCUGGACCAAUGAAUAUGCAGUUUGAGGUUAUGGAUGUUGAACUUGCUAGAUUUGGGAUCAAGCUGAGUAAGGAUUUGGAUGACAAAAUGAACAUUGUCAGGAAAUUCAGAACACUAAGCCAAAGAGAUGUUCCAGCAAUGACACAGGGGAUUGUGCCUAUUUUAGAAGAGGAGGGUGUGGCAGCCAUCAGUGUUGGUGUCAAUACAGUAACAGCCCCUCCUGCUGUCCCUCCAAUUUUCAGAUGGAAAUUUCAGAACUCCUCUGUAAUUGGAAUAUGGCAUCCAGGUGGCUACCCUGACAACCCUGGAAAAAUACCAGCUAUACCUGGAGGGUUGUCUAGACGUGAUUGUGCAACAUUCCCUGGCUUUGACCAUGCACUUUGCUUUGGUUUCAGAACAGAUAACAGUGGACCACCAAUUAACAUAACUGAAGUAUUAUUAUACUAUGAGAUAGCCAGAUCACAGUUUCCUGGAGCUGAUGUACAGGCAACAACAUUUGAAGACUUUGUUGAAGCUCUUCAGCCAAUCAAAGAUAAGCUUCCUGUGAUUGAUAAAGAAUUUGGAGAUACGUGGAUAGAAGGAACAGGAUCAGAUCCCAGGAAAGUUGCUGAGAUGAGGGCUUUGAUGAGAGCUAGAUCUAAAUGUCUAGAAAUAGAAACUGGUUGUUCAAUGUCAGAUAGUAGAUUAUACAAUUCUAGUGUAUUGAUGUUAAAGUUGGGAGAACAUACAUGGGGUCUGAGUAGUGUGUUUGACAGUGUACAUUGGUCAAAUGAUAAAUUUUAUGCCAUGCUGGACAACAAAAAGAAAAAUAUAAAUUUAACAAAUGGUGUAUUAUCGUGGCAAGAACAGAGAAACUUCAGUUAUAUGGCAAUAGAUGCCCUUGGAUCACACACCUUAGCUACUCAGAUGAAAUAUGAAUUAUCACAGAUUUAUGCCAGAAAACCAGAUAUAACUGGAUUAAUGAAGGUUAAGGACAUGUUAGCAGCACAAGAAUGUACAAAUGGUUUCUCCCUUCAGUUUGACAAUGAAGGAACUAUAAUAAGUCUGAGGGACCCAAUUACUAAGAGGGAUUGGGCAUCUGCAUCUAAUCCAAUAGGCAGAUUUGCAUACCAGUCUUUAAACCAAUCAGAUUUUGACUACUUUAAUGGCAGCUAUCCAUAUUCUAAACAUUUUCAAUUGGGAAUUGGAAAACCUAAUAUGUCAGCAAAUGCAAAACCAGAGAGUAAAAUAUGGAAGUUAAAAAUGACAGAUCUCUUCAAAGGUUCAAAAUGUAACUUUGUGAUGAUGGCAACCUUUGUGGACCAUUCCUGUAUGUCUGAGUAUGGCUGUCCUGUAUCUAUAACUGUAGAAUAUAAAGCUGAAAUCAACCAAAAUACUGGCCUAGGUGGCGUUGACAUUACCUUACAGUGGUUUAAGAAAGCACCGACUAGAUUACCAGAAUCUAUAUACUUUGUAUUCCAACCAGUACAGAAUACAGACAUGUCAUGGAAACUUCACAAACUGGGACAGAUGAUUGAUCCAUUAAAUGUUAUACUGAAUGGCAGUCAGAGGCAGCAUGCUGUAGACAAAGGAGUAUACUACACUGACAAUAAUUGUAAAGGACUUGAGAUUUUAUCUUAUGAUGUAGCACUGGUUAAUGUACUGACUCCACAACAUUAUGUUAGUCCUAUUCCACUCCCAUUAAAACCAUUAAAUGAGGUCAAUGGAAUGGCAUUUAACUUGUAUAACAAUAUUUGGGAUGUUAAUUGGAUAUUCUGGUAUCCUUUUGAAAAGAGAGAUCUUGACCAAAAAUUCAGAUUUAGAAUCAAUAUUUCUUAGAUUAAAGUUAAUUGUUUAACAAGCUUCUUUCUUUUUUCAGCAAUUCCAUGUUUUUUAUAUCUUUUUUUAUACUGUAAAUUCAGAAAUAAUUGCCAGGUUUUUAUUAUUGCGAAUAAUGCGACUGGGUUAGGAUCGCAUUAAUAAGAAAUCGCAUUCUGAUAUCUAGUACAUAUGUCUUUAUGCAGAUUUUCUUGAAAUCGCAAUAAUUAAUCUCGCAUUUUUGUCGAUUCUUCAAAAAUUGCAAUAAUAAAUGCAUGCAAUAAUUUCUGAAUUUACAGUAUAUAAUAUUUUUCUCUUUAUUGAAUUUGUUAUUCUCUUGAUCUGUGAAAUUAAAACCUCUAAAUUAUGUCUUAGACAAACAGUAAACAUUUUUUUCCUUUAGGAAAAAUAUGAAAUAGAACAUGGCAUUAUUCUAUAUACAAAUGAUAUAUUCUUUGUAAUCCAUGAAAUCCAUGACAAUUGGUAUCUCUAUUUGUGCUGUUGUUUACAUUGUUUUUGUAUUUAAGUAAAAAAAAUAUUUUUAUACAAAUAUUUAAUGUAUAUGUUAAAAUAUGUAAUGUUUGUUUUAAAUGUUUCAAAACUUGUGUAAGAUAUCAGGGUGGAUCUAGGAUUAAAAGGGGGAAGGUGUGCAAAGCGCCUCCUCUGGCUUUGCCCUGUUUAGUUUUGAAUGUCAUCUGGAUUUUGACUCACUUGGACUAUGAAUUAAGCAUUUUACUUUACAAGCCAUAUGUAAUUUAUGCAAAUGUUAAACACAUGUUUAAACUUAUGUUUUCAAUGUUUUAAACAGAAACUAAAACAUUCCAAAUGUUACGUAAAAUUGUUUUCCUGUUGAUUUUUGAAAUCGAUGUGAAUUGUCUUUGUGCUUUGUAUUUCCUCUAGUUAAAAUGAUGGAUUGAUUGAUUAUCUGGUGUUUAACACCUCUUUCAGCACUAUUGGAUAGUUAAAAUGAAUUGUGUUACUUAAUGGUAUGAAACUUGAAACUCAAAGACUUUUACUUAGAUAUUUAGAAUGAUUUAUUGUUUUGAAUCUUAGUUGGAUGAUUUUUGUUUUUAACCACAAAGUUGUUAAUGUAUCUGCAUGACAAUUUUUUAAGUACACAUACACCUAAGAGUCUGAAUGGCAGUUCCUUGAUGUAGAAAACAAGUUUUCCCUGUAUUUAUUAUUUUUAGCCUUAAUAAAUAAUUAAAUUUCAAAAUUUUACAUUUUGUAAAGAAGUAAGUAGUUCAAAAAUACAUGCAUAUAUAUGAUAUAUGUUAUUGUAGAAUAUUUUAGAAUUGUUUUGAAAAGGGUGAUACCUCAUGGAAACUGUUUGAAAAUUUUAUGGCUAUGUACAUGAAAUGGAUACUCCAAUGCUAAAGAUCAAAAUUUGGAAAAACACUUAUAUUCUAUUUUAUAUUUUUAUGAGGUUAUGAAUUUUAUCAGUUUACCUUCUGAUAAGAAGUGUGUGCCUGUUUCUAUGUAGAGUUGUACUUAACUAUAUGUAUUGUUAACUUUUUUUUAUGAAUCACCUUUGCAUUAUGUAAAUUGCAGAUCUGGAAAUAUAUCUCUUAUUGUUAUUUUUAUUACGAUAAGGUUCCAAUUAUUAAAUGAAAAUUUUUAAUGAAUUUAAAAAUCAUAAAAGAGAGAAAACAGUUUAAACAGAAAUCUUAAUUUAAGUGUGAAAUGAUAUGAUACAAGCAUUGCUCACAUAUAGUUCAUUCUGUUAGCAACACUUAAGUGCCAGUCUUUGUAAGAAUCAGGCAAUUUAGAAGAAUUUUAAAGCAUGGCCGAAAAAAACCCACCGACCUUAACUAUCCUAUUUUGAAGUUACCCUCAUCCCGAGUUAGAAACGGUAGGUAUUUCGUUACUGCAUGUCUGAUAAUACGAGUGAUAUCCAGAUAAAUUUUGGUUAGACUGAUAGCAAAUUAUGGAGUUAUCUCCCCUUAAUUGUUAAUUUCUAGUGCAUUUCAACCAAAUUAUAUCUUGAAAUACCAGAACAGUUAAAGGAAACGAAUGUUUUUUUUCGUGUACCAUUAUACAUUCUGAACUAAAAUUAAUGUUAGCAUCGCUUAAAACUUAAUCUGAUAUAAAUUUUGAAAAUAAGAUAAAAUAUAGGUUGACUUUCCAUAUUUAACUGAAAGAAAAACUAAUCAAAAAUUUUAAAACAUCAAUUAAAGGCAGUUUCAAAACACAAGUAGAGUAACUAGAUAUUAAAAUAGUUUUUUUCUUUUAUCUGCAUUGCUAUAUUGGCUCAAUUGCUUUAUUCUUAUGAACUUAACAUACCUUUGGUUAUAUCCAUUACAGUGUUUAAAGAAUACAUUCUAUGUAUCCAGAUUUUAAAACAAAAAUUUUCUAUAUUUGUACUAUGCUUUAUUGAUAUAUGUUAUAGAUAUUAAAUAAUGUGAAAAAAAAUUCAAAUAUUUACAUUUAUCGUAAUUUCUGCUUCUUGCUAUGUCUUGUCUUUUCCCAAAGCAAAGAAAUACCAAUAAAACUAAUAAAAACUUGAAACUACGAGGGAUAAAUAACUUUGGCUGUCAAUUCUGAUGUCUGCUUUCUCUCAGCAUUGGUAGCGUGAAUGAAUGAUCCAUAGUAGAAACUGAUAUGUUUAUUAAACUUGAAUAAUAAUUGUACAAUCUCUGGAACAUCUGAUAUUUGUUUAUAAGCAUGGACAAUGUUCCAACAGCUAUAUAAUUUACAUAGAGGGAAGAACUACUAAAAUAACGUUCUUGUAUUUUCGUAUGGACCAAACUGGAAUAUCCUAAAUUGUAGAAUGCAAAUAAAUCCCAAAGAUGUGAGGCUUACAACUAUCUGCUUACCUAAUUAACUAUUCUGCCUAAACUAAUCUAGUCACAUUAAUUCUUCCAGUUAAGAACUCAUAAGUGUACACUUUUGGGUACAAGCUUAGAAUAUUGACCUAAAGUAAUGUUUGAACAAUACAUUACAAAGUGGGGCCAUAUUUGAUGUUAACUAUACAGCUAACUUACUUAAAAUGAAUUGUACAUUAAUUGCUUUUUAAAAUAUACUGAAAACUAUGAAUAACUUCAAAAUAACUUAUACAAACUCUCAAAAUCAGAGCACACAUUUACAACAACAUGUAUCACACAUAUUCGUCUUGGAAAUUCAAUAUACUCUAUUAGCCAAGAGUAGUAAAAAAUGUAUACAAUAUGAAAUUACUAUGCAAGUAUCUACACAGAGUGUAAUAGAAAAUUGGAUCAAUAUAAUAUAUUUUUCUAGUUUUCCUUUUUGUAUUUUUUUAUAGCAGAAAUUUAAAUAUUUCAGAUUGGCACUACAAUGUUUGUUAAAGAUUUGAUUUCCUAUUGUUUAUGUAUACAAUAUUAUUGUAGCAAAUAAUAUUUAUGAUGUUUUAUAUAUUUUUCUCUUCAACAUUCUGAUUUUUAAGAUCAAAUUAUAAUUCUUAUAGUGUUAUUCCCCCCAUUUUAUCACAAAUAAGAGUUUGAAGUCAUGAAUACCCAAUUUUUCAACCAACAAAAUUUUGACUAAAGAUAUAGUGGGAAAAAAAACAUCCAUUACAUUUAUAAAGUCAAAUGACUGAAGAAACAUUUAGUCUUUCAGAUAAAGAUCAGGAACCUGUAAUUCAGUGGUUGUCGUUUGUUGCUGUGUUUCAUAUUUGUUUUUCGUUCAUUAUUUUGUACAUAAAUUAGGCCGUUAGUUUUCUUGUUUGAAUUGUUUUACAUUUGUCAUUUUGGGGCCUUUUAUAGCUGACUAUGCGGUAUGAGCUUUGCUCAUUGUUGUAGGCCGUACGGUGACCUAUAGUUCUUAAUUUUUGUGUCAUUUGGUCUUUUGUGGAGAGUUGUCUCAUUGGCAAUCAUACCACAUCUUCUUUUUAUAUUAUCAAUAUUAACAUGCAAUGCUGAAUAAAAAUUUAUUGUUACUCCAUAUAAAAAUCAGAAAGUUAUUAAAAAAUAUUCAGAACAUGACAAA